GAAAAGGGAAAAAGAAAUAGAUUAAAAAAAGGAAAAACGAAAUCGAUAUUGGAGUUUUAUCUUUUUUAGAAUCCAUUUUGGAGUUUUUACUCACCCCGCACUCUCGUCUCUCACAAACUCAGAACUCUUCUAUUCAGCGUUAUAGAGUAUCGACCGUGCUAACCCGACCCGAAAAAUGCCACCCAAGUCGGAAAACCCGGUUCAACACACUUCAUCCUUCACCGCGACCGACUCAUCCUCCGCCGGAUCAAUGGAUCCGAUCUUCCACGCCAUUCGGAUUCUUCCAUUCAGCUUCCUCCGUCCACCGCGUCUCCGCUUGAAGCUUCCAUCGAUAUCACUUCCCUCAUCCAACGUCGUCUUCGCCCUCGUCCUCCUCACCUACUUCAUGGUCGUCUCCGGCAUCGUCUACGACAUCAUCGUCGAGCCUCCCGGCAUUGGUUCCACACAGGAUCCCUACACCGGCUCAGUACGACCUGUCGUUUUCAUGUCCGGCCGUGUUAACGGCCAGUAUAUCAUCGAAGGUCUCUCUUCUGGAUUCAUGUUCGUUCUCGGUGGAAUCGGUAUCAUAAUGCUGGAUCUUGCACUUGAUCGUAACCGUGAUAGAUCUGUUAAGGUUUCUUAUGCUUCUGCUGGUGUUUCGUCGAUUGUUAUUGCUUAUGUUAUGAGUAUGCUCUUCGUUCGCAUCAAGAUCCCUGCUUAUCUUAGCUGAAUUUCCUUCCGUUGUUUUUUUUUGUUGAAUUUGUAGUUUGGAUUUAUCUAAGAGUAUGAUAAUUUCUGGCUCCCAAUUAUGAUAGAUUAGGGUUGCUGAAUUGAAAUGCCUAUAGCGAAUUGAUCUGAUUUUCUUAUAUUUAUAUCCUAUAAGGUGUUUUAGUUUGUUUGA